AUGAGUUUUCGAAGAAGAGCACCACGUACACUGCUGCCGUUUGGCUUAGAGUACACGGACGUGGACCAAAACGCUGCUGGUGAGACGCUGGACUAUCCCUUACCCAUUAAUGGUAGACCUACUGCCAUAGAAGAUGACAAUGCCAAGCAAUUUACACAUUUUACGGCGCUGAUGAAGAAUGGCUCUUUUUUUACGGGAACCUUAUCCAGCUUGAAGCAUACGAAUAAGAAGAAAGGAGCGGUGAUUCUUGAAGGUGGUGUUAAUGAUGGACUCAAAAGAUACUCUGACAAGUUUAGAAAGAAAAUUAAGACAGGAAGAUCUAUUAGAGAUCAUCCCUUUAUAUUGGAGUUCUUUCCUAAUGAGUUGCAUAGUAUAAUGGUAUCAAAAGAUAAAAAGGCCAGAUCCUUACAGUUGACUAGGUACUCAAAGGGAGAAAAGAAGGAUAUAGGUAAACUCAUUAAUAUGAGUGCUGUCGAGAAGAAGAAACAGCAGAUUCAAGAUAGGCUCAAUACAGUGGAUGGAAAUGAAGUUGAAUCGGAUGAUAAUAACGAGGAAGAUGAGGAUGAGGAGUUUGAAGAUGAUGAGGAUGAUGACUAUAAUGCUGAGAGGUAUUUUGAUGAUGGUGACGACCUAGGUGGAGAUGACGAUGAUAAUGCAGGAAACGAAGAAGCCGCCUUCUAA